GCACAGCCCUCCUUCCAAUAGCUGGGGAGAGAGGGGGAGUGAGAAAGGGAGAGAGUUUAAGACGGGCUCUGCACUGGUGUUCUGGGCUAUUUCAACUUCAGGGCAACUUUAGAGAACUUCAGUUAUUUUUGGUUCUGGACGAGAGCUGAGACCAGCUGAGCCUCCUGGAGAUGCUGAUGUGGAUGCAGAGGAUGAAGAUUCUGUUAAUGAAGUGGCAGUAGAAGACAUUCGUCCAAGGCCACAAGGAUCCUCUCCAGUUUAUGAGUAUCCCGUAGAAGACGACUAUUUAAAGCUUCAAGAAGAAAACAAAAAAGACUCUACAGUCAAAUCAAAGCAGUGUCACCCACAGGAGACAAUGGAAGUGACCCUGAAAACAGAAGUGGAAGCUGGUGCUAGUGGGUUCAGUGUGAAAGGUGGAGGGAAUGAAGGAAUAUUUAUUAAAAGGGUACUCAAGGAAUCUCCUGCCUCAAAAAUAUUUAGUCUGAAAGAAGGUGAUCAGCUCCUCAGCACUACAAUAUUUUUUGAUAAUAUCAAGUAUGAAGAUGCACUCAAGAUUCUCCAAUAUUCUGAGCCCUACAGAGUCCAAUUCAGCCUCAAGAGGAAAAUUGCUGUGAAAGAAGAUCUGGAAGACUCUGCAGCCCAGUCCAAAAAGGAAAGGAUAAGCCAGGAGAAAGAACUCAGUGAGAGCAAUCCUGAGGAAUCACUGCGUGUUUCAGGAAAAGCCAUUGCAGAAGAAGACAUGGAAACGUUGAUCGCGAGCCAAAGGGUAGGAAGAAGCAAGAGACCUAAAAAAGAGAGACUGUCAUGGCCAAAAUUCCAGUCGAUUAAAACCAAAAAGAUACUGAGGCACAGAAGGUCUCACAGUACAUCAGAUGCAUACGAACCUGCUCUGCAGGAUAUUUCCCCUACAAGCACAGACACCGAGUCUCAGUUUCCACCAGAAGUCCAUACCAAAGAGAAAAAAGGAAGCCAAAAGAAACUGAAGUUCCCUAGCAUUGGAUUCAAAAUGCACAGGGCCAAAGCAGAACCACAAGACAAGCAAAAGAAGGAAGUUAAAUCUACUCUGAUCUCUGAAAGAGAAAAAAUACAUGAGGAAGAUGUUAGCCUGGAAAAUCCUGAAAUCUUAACUGUUGAAUAUACCACAUCUCCUGCUUAUGAAAUGAAAGCAGGGGAGGUGCAUGAAACUUUGACAAAAGACUUCAAAGAGAUGAAAAAUGGCAUUCCAUCUCGUGCGAAGCAACGUCCUGAAGUUGAAAUAAGCAUUCAAAAAGAGAAAGACAAGGAAUCAACAUCAAAAUUGAGGAUCCUGGAAGAACCAGACAGAGCAACGCAGAUGCCAAAGCCCAGUUUAGAAACACCCGAUUUGAAAGAAAGCCCAACUAAAAAACCACCUCAAGCUUCAUCAAAAUCCCGAAAAAAGAAACAGAAAGGAACAGCAGAUAAAAAGGAAGGAGAGGGUGGAAUUGCCAUAGAGGUGACGGAUCACACAGCUAAGGGAUCUGUACAGGCCAGUGCUGACCUGCAGGCACCUGAGGCAGCCCUGAGCCUGGAAGGGGAAGCAAAAGCUCCAGAGAAAGAGGCUGCCAAGACCAAGGAUGGCAAGUUCAAGAUGCCCAAGUUUGGCAUGCCUUCCUUUGGCUGGUCCAGCAGCAGAGAGGCCAAAGGCACUGUGGCUGCUGAGCAGGACAUCAGUGUCAAGGAGCCCCAGGUGACACUGCCCUCGGGAUCUGCCGAAGCUGACGUGACCCUGCCUGGGGCUGAGAUCCAAGCACCCAGUGUAGAGGUGAGUGUGGAGACAGGAGCUGCAGGAGAGGGUGAGAAAGCUGGGUUCAAGAUGCCUGAUAUCAAGCUGCCAAGUGAGGGUGAGAAAGGUGGAUUCAAAAUGCCUGACGUCAAGCUGCCCAGUGUCAAGCUGUCCAAAGGUAAAGCUCCUCAGGUGCAGGUCAGCCUGCCAACAGCUGAGAUCUCACUGCCCAAAGGCCCUGAAGGAGAUGUUGCCCUGCAUGGCCCAGAGACCGAAGGUAGCUUGGAGGUGUCUGCUGGCAAAGCUCAGGGUGGUGGGAUGAAAAUACAGAUGCCAAAAGUCAAGGUGCCAAGCGUGGUCUUCUCCAAGCCCACUGUGAAGGCUCCCAAACAGGACACAGAAAUUGACACCAGCCUCCCACAGGUUGACCUCAAUUCCAGCAGUGCUGACAUUACCAUCACGGCGCCAGACAUCAAGGUGCCCUGUGUCGAAGGCUCACUCAAGGUCCAGGUGCCCGAGGGAGAUGUCAAAGCACCCUCCAUUGAAGCUUCACUUGAUGGAGCAGAGCUGGAAACCACAGGCCUGAAAGAGAAACUGAAGAUGCCCAAGUUUGACAAGCCCAAAUUUAGAAUAUCAUCCCCCAAGGCAGAAGGGGCUGGAGGAGAAGUCAGUCUGCCAAGCACAGAGAUUGACCUCCGGUCUACCAGCAUGAUGGACACAGGGGAGGGAUUCCAAGCUGAUAUCCACGGCACCAACAUGGAAGGGGCAGGCUUGAAGCUGGAGAAACCCUCUCUCGAAAUGCCCAAAGCAGACAUCAAAGCUCCCAAGGUGGACAUCACCCUGCCCUCCAUUGACAUAACCCUGCCAAAGGGCAGUGCCAACCUGCAGGCACUCGAGACAACCCUCACCUUUGAAGGGGAAGCAAAAGUUCCAGAGAAAGAGACCACCAAGACCAAGGAUGGCAAGUUCAAGAUGCCCAAGUUUGGCAUGCCUUCCUUUGGCUGGUCCAGCAGCAGAGAGGCCAAGGGCACUGUGGCUCCUGAGCUGGACGUCAGUGUCAAGGAGCCCCAGGUGACACUGCCUUUGGGAUCAGCCGAAGUUGAUGUGACCCUGCCAGAGGCUGAGAUCCAAGUGCCUGGUGUGGAGGUGACCAUCGAGACAGGAGCUGCAGACGAGUGUGACAAAGGUGGAUUCAAGAUGCCUGACGUCAAGCUGCCCAGUGUCAAGCUGUCCAAAGUGAAAGCUCCCCAGGGGCAGGCCAGCCUGCCCUCAGCCGAGGUCUCACUGCCCAAAGGCCCAGAGGCAGAUGUUGCUCUGCAGGGCCCUGAGGCUGGAAGCAACCUGGAGGUGUCUGCGGGCAAAGAGGAGGGUGGAGGGAUGAAGAUACACAUGCCAAAAGUCAAGGUGCCCAGCGUGGUCUUCUCCAAGCCCACCGUCACUGCUCCCAAACUGGACACAGAUGUCAGCCUGCAGAAAGCUGACACCAGCCUCCCAAAGGUUGACCUCAAGGCUGACAGAG